AUGAGAGCCAUUGUCUUCAAAUUUCUGAAGCUGCAGCAUCAACUGUCUGAUGGAGCCCCAGCAGACAAGAGAAGCUGCUCCUGGCUGAACCCCUGGUUCUUCCUUGUUUCUGUCCUUGCUGUCAAAAUUGCCUUUGUAACUGUCUGCCUUGAGGAGAGCGGGACGUGCUGCCCAAAGGACUGGAAACAAUUUCAAGAAAAGUGCUAUUACCUGUCGGAUGAUAAAAUGUCCUGGGCUGAGAGUGUGCAGAACUGCACUGGGAUGGGCUCCCACCUGGUGGUGAUCAACAGCGAAGCAGAGCAGGUGUGUGCAGGGCUGAGAGGGGACACAGCAGACAGUGCCGGGCCCCGGAGGGGACUCAGCGCUCCCUUGCUCCUGCAGGGGAGGUGGGAUGUCGUUUCUGCAUCCCUUCAGCACUGGCUCCCCUCUGCCACCAGCCCCACCCCACAGGGACUCCUGCCGCCUCCCUCUGCUCAGUCCAGCCACCUCAUGGACAUUGUGCUUUUUCCAGGAAUUCCUCUUCAACUUGGCAAAAGGCGUAUUUACUAA